CUCGCACAGGGUUACGCUGCUACUUCCGUUAAGGCCGGGGCAAGUGGAGGCGGCGCUGUGCAUUGUGGGUGGCGAGAGGCUGAUUUGGAUUCCCUCUCACGGCCACCAUUGGUGGUUCGCGAGCUUCUGAAGUGGCGGCUCGCUGGCUGGGCCUCCUCUACGUCGACUCAGCCAGAAGAAUGUAAGAACCAAGCGCGGUGUGGACACAUCAGCAGUGGCGCUGGUGGGGGGGAGACAAAGGAGUCACCUGGCCUACAAGACCACGGAGUCUGAAGUCGAACCCAGGACCUGCUGUUUCCGGUCCCGCGCACAACCAGCACUGCACCACGUGAUGCGCCAGCCGGGCUCGUGGGGGGCGGAGCCUCGCGCUAGUGACGUCACCUCUGUUACGUCACAGCCACGCCUCCACCCACAGUGGAGAGGAAUGCACACGAGGGAGCAGCAGAAGAAGCCUUUUGAGAGCGAAUCCUCAACGAGGCCAUCCAACUUCAAACAAAAUCUACUCCUUCCCAACAACAUGGACAGACAAAUCACGUGGGCUGAGAUCUUGGAUGACUAUGAGGCCCGGGAGUCGGCGUGCCAGUCGACCACGUGGGGGGACGUUAUGGAUAAGGUGGACCCUUUCCCAGGCCAAAGUUACAAGAAUCGCUCACCAAAGAGGAUAAUUGGAGAGUUGAAGGACGUCAGCGGGGUGAAGCAUCUCCAGGAAAAGAACCUUGGCAAAGAAAGAUGCACCAUGGAAGAGGAGCGCCUCUUUGAGGUGCAGCGCAUUGCCAGGGCGAAGUGCCGCACAGAGGAGAAGUACUUCCGAGAUUAUCUCCUCAAGAAGCGCCUCAUUAAAGUGAAGUACUUCAUUGAUGAGAAGCAUCAUCGCGAGAUGAAGUGUGUUGAGGAGAAGAGUCUGGAGGAGGAGGAGAAGUGUCUCGACAACGUGAAACACGUCGAGGAGGAGAAGCGCCUUGAGCAGGAGCAGCGCCUCGCCAGCAUUGCUACCAUCACCACCACCGCUACGGCCGGCACCUUCACCCCCACCCCUGCCACCGCCAACGCCACCACGGCCACCACCGCCACCACGGCCACCACCGCCACCACGGCCACAACCGCCACCACUGCCACAAAACCCGCCGCCACCACUGCCACCACCGCCACCACCGCCACCACUGACACCGACGCCGUUGCCGCUACUGCCACAAAACCGGCCGCCACCUCUGCCAUUGCCACCGCCACCACCGUCACGACCGCCAACACUGCCGCCACUGCCACCACCGGCCCGAUUGCUCCAAGCUUUGGAGAAGAGUGCUUCCAAGCAGAGAAGAUGGAGAAGAAGACAGAGGUGGAACAGGAACACGAAGAGGAGAAGGUGGAG